AUGUCUGCUAAAAAUGUUUUAAGAACGUGUUUAAUAUUAUCACGACAAAAAUAUUCUUACAAACCCGCCUUUUUAUCCAACAGAAGCUCAUUUGGAAAAUUCUUACUCUGCAACAGAAGUUCAGGAAGCAAGACUUCAGGGAAAGAUAGUCUCUUAGAAAAGUAUUACGUUGCAAAGCAAGCAUAUGAAGCUGAUUUGCCACCUCCUGAUGUUAAUCCCCUGGGCGUCUUUGCAAACAAUGAACUGGAUUUAUCUGAAAUUGAAGUGUAUGGAUUUGAUUAUGAUUAUACUCUUGCAGUUUAUAAAGAAUCCCUUCAUUACUUGAUAUAUGACUUGGGAAGAGAUUGGCUGAUAAACAAAUUUAAGUAUCCACAUGAAAUACGGCAGUUGGACUAUAGACCUGGAUUUGCAAUCAGGGGAUUGCAUUAUGACAUGCAGCAGGGCCUUUUAAUGAAGAUUGAUUCAUUUCACCAAAUUCAGUUUGAAAGUGUAUUCAGAGGGACUACACCUUUGAGUAAAGAGGAAGUUGUUUCCAUUUAUGGAGGAUCAUACAUUCCUCAAGAAAUGAUCAGAGGAUCGAGUUCUGAAAGCACAAGAAUGAAACAAUUAAAUGACUUAUUUUCGGUGCCAGAGAUUUGUCUUCUUUCAAAUGUGACAGAAUACUUUGAACAAAAUAACAUUGCAUAUCAUCCUGAGAUUCUUUCUUACGACAUUCAAAAUGCUGUACAGAGUAUACAUCCUGUUAUGCACAAAAUGUUGGAUGAAGUUACCAUUGAUCAGUACCUUGAAAAGCAUCCUGCUAUGCCAGCUUUUCUUCAACGACUUAAGAGUGCGGGGAAGAAAAUGUUCUUGAUUACAAAUAGUCCCUUUAAGUUUGUUGACAAUGGAAUGAAGUACAUGAUAGGUCCUAACUGGGCAGAUCUCUUUGAUGUGGUUGUUGUGCAAGCCAGGAAACCAAAGUUCUUCACAGAUCAAAGAAGGCCCUUUAGGGUUUACGAUGUACCUUCCAAAAGUCAACUUUGGGAAAAAGUUACAACCUUAAAAAAAGAUUGUGUUUAUAUAGAGGGUAAUUUAAAAGAACUACAGCGUCUAACUGGAUGGUAUGGAAGCUCUGUGCUUUACUUUGGAGAUCAAAUAUAUUCUGAUCUUGCUGACUUAACGUUGCAUCAUGGGUGGAGAACAGGAGCUAUCAUUGCUGAAUUGAAUCGGGAAAUCAAUAUUUUAAACUCUGAAGAAUUUCGUCAUGAUGUUGGUUGGUUACAGACUUUACAACAUCUGAUUGAAGAAAUGCAGGAUUAUGAAGAAGCUGGUGAUAUUAUAGAACAACUGCUCUUGGAGCGUGAUCAACUUCGGCUCCAUACAAAGUCUAUGUUUAACAAGCAAUUUGGAAGCAUAUUUCGAACUCAUCACAAUCCAACAUAUUUUUCAAGGAGACUUUUCAGAUAUUCUGAUAUUUACAUGUCUCACGUUACUAAUUUGUUAAACUAUUCCGUUAAGCACAUUUUUUACCCUAGAAGAGGAGCGUUGCCACAUGAAUGCAAAAUACCAUUCAUGUAAUUCGUGUGAUAAAUAGAGAUCUAGAUGAUAUAGUACAUGCAGUUUUUUUGCAUUUAGACGUUUUAAUAUGUUUUUGUAGACUAUGUGUUUUAAUUGAAAUCUUUUUAAUGAUAGUGUAAUUUGUUGCAGCAGAAAGGCAUUUCUUAUGUGCUAAAAUGUUUUUAACCUGAA